GCUGGACGAACGUCUCACUCGCCGUUUGCAGAGCGGAAGAGACUAAGUACACGGACCAUCUCGCGUGACGGGCUGAUAGCGAGACAAACUCAACCUUUUCAAGUUCCCUCGUGGAAUAAUAUUUGUUUUCAUGGGUCGAGGCUGCAUGCGCACCGUUCUGCCGGGGCAAGAAGGUGACGACAGGGAUUCAACAGUUUGGAUGUUUUAUCCAUCAGUCGUGGGCGAUGAGCGGUCUUAACAGGAUCAUCCUACUGUGACUUCGCCAAAAGUGACAUUCGGAACGGCAAAUACUUUGCAACCGUUGCGAUAAGCACCGGAAACUUUGUGAAAAAGCGGUAUAACUGGGCUGUGUUCUGCCUUUGUAUUCCUCUCUUUAAUAUAAUUUUUAAAACAAGGAAUCUCUAGACUUUUGAAAUCUUACUUUGUCGAUAGUUCGCUGGCUUUAAUUUUCUUUCAGUGUCGCUUCCGUGAUACAAGUAAUUUGCAGUCACAUACAUCAAUACCUUUACCCGCCAGGGUGUGAAGAAUAACAUCUUUGAAAGAUAUUAAAAGGACCGAGGAGGAAAAAAAAACUCGUGCUCAGCAGAAUGGAAGAGAAGGAAAAGGCCAUGGAUAACGGAAAGGGGCAGGGUAAGAGCAAGACGGACGAGAGGUACUCUGUCGGUCGCAUCUUCACCAUGGCGCAAGGCGUGUUCGUCCGGGUCCUGUUCUCCGUGUCGUCUAUCAUCUCGGUCUGGAGGGUCGCCACGGUCAAGGAGGACCCCACGUGGUGGCUGCUGGUGGCCAUGAACGGACUCCUGUACUUCGAGGCCUACAUCACCUUUCGGUACCGGAAAUCGGGCGAGUGGAAGUGGUUUUGUCCUAGUGUCAUGGUCUACCUGGCUUCUACUGUGCCAGCAAUUUGGAUAUUGGAGCUGCAACUCAUGGAGGAGCGUGUCGAGCUGUCGCUGGCGACAGGCCUGGACGUCUGUCUGGAAUCAGACUCCAUCUACACCAACGGAAGUGCUCUUGGCGGCUUAAUACCCGGAAUAGAGAUUCCACUCUACCUACCAUCACACCUGUGGUCCCUGGCCCUUCAGCAGACGCUCCUGUUUGUUCUCAUCGUAGGGAGAUGGCUACUUCCAAAAGGUUCCCUUACACGAGACCAGCUCUCACAACUCCUUCUGGUCUACAUCGGUAUUGCCGCCGAUAUCUUGGAGUUCUCCACCGAGGGCCUGAAAAUGGAGGAGGUACGGUGCGACUACGAGAUGGUGUUCUGGAUCUUGGCUAUCUGGACCUGGAGCCUGCUGCAGUUCACCCUGGGGCUCACGGCUACAAAGGCCCGGAAGCCCCGCAUGGCCGGCAUCGACGAUGACAAGCCCAAGGUGACCCUGAUGUGCUGCGAGACCGAAGUCUGGGGCCUAAUGACUACCAUCAUUAUGCAGGACGGGCCUUUCCUGGCCAUGAGGCUCUACAUCCUAAUCAAGCUCAACGCCAUCAACCAGAUGAUGAUCUUCUUCACCUGCAAGAACAUGCUGGUCAUGCUGCUCCAGUUCUACCGUCUCUUCGUCAUCUACAUCGAGAAGCCUGGCUACCAUCCGCAGGUCCUGGUGCAGACUAUAAUCCGAUAUCACUCCCGGAGGGAUCGGGGGAGCACAUCCCCUACACACCGCCCAAGAAAACCUCGAUCCAGGCACUUGGAGGUACAUGACAUCCACGACGCACCUCCAGGGCAGAGUCUACCACUGCUCCCGACCAUCUCAGAAAAGGCGCCCUCCUCACCGCCUUCAUUCGGAGCAGAUGCCGAAGCAGGUUAUUUCUCCCUGGACGUCCCCCAGCUACCACCACUCAUGAAGAAGACCAAGAACGUAAGGCCAAGACAUACAACGGAGCCCCGCAGCGUGCCUCGCGUCGCAGAUGAGCCGACCAAUCACCUUUACGACUCUGUUGGAGACGGUAGCAGCACCGAACCUUUAGUCCGAAAAUACCCGCCAUCUCCAGCUCGGAUAGUGACUUUUGAUGACAUCUAAUUAUAUCGGGAACAUUUUUCGAAAAUGAAUCUUGAACACCAUGAAUAUCUAUUCAUAAGAUGGAACUGCGUCGGGUGAACCACGAAUACCAAGUGCAUUCUCAUUGUGCAUUAUUUAUGUCGAGGGUGUGUGCGUUUUUUUGUUACAAAUCAGUUCUUGAUGGUUGUAGUGAUAUCUGAUUAUUAUGUCAGUCGUAGUCAUGCCUUAUGUGCUUGUGUUAAGUGCUUCUUUUUCAAGUCUUGACACAAGAUAAAAUGUGUACCACUAGCAAUAAUCUUUUAGUUACACCUCGAUACCUGAUCAGUCAUUGCUGAUUCCUAGACACCUUGCCGAAUUUUCCAGAGAUUAUCAUCGUUGGUUUUUAUCAUCAUUGAAAAUAAUUGUAGAAACAAUUAGUCCUCCAUGUGAUUUUAAAGUAGACCUAGUAGUGCAUUUUUGUUGUAGCUAUUACACCGAGAGACGAAAUUGGGAGAGGGCAGAUACAACAAUAAAGCCUUUCACAUGUGAUCUUCGCAUACAAUAAUUUAAGCAUUUUAAAUGAUACCUAGCCAAUCCUAAAGAUUUAAUCACCCAUAAAUACAGUUGAAGAGACGUCAUGAUUAUAAUGCAAAUUGAAUGUCCUGCUGCUAAAAAUCUUUUUAUUUUGUUUGGGACACAGGCUUGGAACAACUUGGCACCCAAUGUAAAACUGGCAAAUGAUCUCGCGUCCUUUAAAACGCUGUGCUGGGCAAAUAAAUAGAUGAUAGUUACAGAUGUAUGGGGAUUUGUUUAUGGUUCAUGGGAAGUGGUGUGGGUUGUAUAUAUGGUUUGUAUUUUAAGAACAGUUGCCUUCUUAUGGACUAGGGACAAUCGAUAGUUCACUCUCUAAUAUUUAACAAGCUAAUGUCUUUUUUUUUAUUCAGGAUUAAUGUUCCAUUUUAAAUCUUUUUAACUAUAUCGUCUGUUUUAAUCAAUGGUUUUAAUUUUGUGGGGUUUUAAUUCCUGGGGUUAUUUUAUGGUAAUGUUUUCAUUAUGAUUUUCAUUGUGUGUGUUGGUUCUUUUUUUCCCGUUAUUAUAUCAUGUUAUCAUGUUUUUAUGUAAUUUAGGGCCCCCAGGGAGAACAGUUCAUUGACAACUGAUGGGGCUACCCUGAUAAAAUAAAACGAAAUAAAUAAAUAAAUAAAUAAAAUACAAUAACGCCUCGAUGGAAGGUUGACACCCAAUCAUCCUGUCUAAGUGAUACUUCGGCGAUAAACACUAGCUUUUGUGGAUGGGGCUGGUAUUGUAGGAUUUAAUAAUGCGUUAUUUUAUGUAGAGAGCAAGUUGGUUUAUUGUGAACUUUGUGGGAUUGUGCUAAAACUAAAUAACUUCCGCUCUCGGACAGUAAGGUUUACCUCAUGUAAAGAUCUUGGGGGAAAAUCGUUCCUCUUUUUGUGAAUCUGUACUUUGGUAAUUGUGUAGCAUUUUAUGAUAUUGUAGCAACCAGUGUUGUUGUACUUGCCCUCGGUUCUCGUAGUCAAGUACAACUCAAGUACA